AUGCGCAUCUUCGCGCAUGCAGCCGCUGAGACUCAGGUGGCGAUUAAGGAUGCUCUAGCAAGCAAGUUCGCGGGCACCAGGUCGGGAACAGACACAAUCACUCAAAGCGCGAAUGACCCAGGCUUCCUAGAGGUGUUUCCCCGUGUGGCCAGCCGGCCUCCAAAGCUGCUCCAGGAGCUGGAAGCCAUCCUGGUGGACCGGCUGAGGGCGAAUGACAAGGCGGCUAGUGUGGGCCCUUUGGGUUGCGCCCGGGAUAGAGACCCGAAGCUGUCAGCCAACCUGUCGCUUGACGGCCACCGCCAGGUCCUGGCGGCGUUUGUGACAGGAUUCUCCACUUACGCCCCGCUACUGAGCCGGAUACAGGCAGAGUUUGAUCGGGCGCUGAACGAAGGAGUACGCAGCGCACAGGAGAAUGUGGAGAUGCGGUUCGCUAUGGCACGCAACGAGCUGGCCCGGGAGAAAGCCACUGCGGAGGUCCGCGGCCAAGUGCUGGCAGAGGACCUGUCCUUUCGUGCGGUAGCCCUGUCGCGGCUUCAGGAGCUCCGAGACCGUGCGGCACGGGCAGAGAAGAAGAAGCUGACUGCGGAGAAGGACUUGCGGGAGGCGCUUGGCGAGCAGGCCCGCAUGCGCAGUCUUGUAGAGCAGCUCCGAGCAUCAAAUGCCAAGCUUGUGGACUUGCUGGCGGAGGAGGAGCGCUGGACUACCAAGCCGCUGAGCGGGCAGAUAAAGUCACUCAAGAUCGGGCCGCUCACAAAAGAGGACGAGGCCUUUCUAGAGCAAGAGCUGGGCGCAUCUAGGCUGUACGGCCCUGACGAGGCCUUCCUAGAGCAGGAGCUGGGUGGCAUGGAGCUCACGCCCACCGCCAGCUCCGGGCUUAUGCAUAAUGGGCUGUCGGCCUUCUCCUCCAGGGCCGCACGGAGCGCUGUAUCCUCGGGGAGGCCAUCGCAGGCGGGGAACGCGUCGCGGGCAGCGGUGGCAACCCCGCCGACGAUGACGCAACAGCUCCGACCGACAUCGGCUGCAAGCGCUGCACCGUCGACGCCGGCGGGACGCGCGGCUGCCGGCGGUGGCGGCGGUAACACAGCUGGUAAUGCCAGUAAUACGCGGAUGGGCCCCGGCUCUCGGCGGGGUUCAGCGACGGUGGAGAGCGCACACAGCUCGGUCCAUACCCGGGAGGCGGCUGGGCGGCAGCGAGCAGCAGCCAAGGUGAUGGCGACGGCUGCAGCAGGUCAUUCGGAGGCUGCUGUCGACCAGGCGGCAGCAUGUGAACCGGGCUGGUCCGACCUGGAUGUGGCGGUGGUGGGCGGGGGGCCCGCGGGACUAUCUGUGGCACUGGCUUUGCUGCAAGUGCUGCCAGAGCUACGAAUCAAGGUAUUUGAGGCGAGCCCCGCAUACACGCAGCAAGGCGCAGGUGUGGGCCUGUUCGCUAAUGGCAGCCGGGCACUGCAGGCCAUAGACCCCACUGCACUUGUCAGGCUCAUUGGGGACGCCGCCUUCCUGUCGGCCAGCUACCAGUACAGCUACACGACCGGCGAGCGGAUGCCGUGGCGAGAGGCUAUCAAGCACCUGGAGCGGCUCGAUCAGGAUGGCUGGACGCCCGCCUUGCUUCCCUGGAGCUCCCUGCGCACCGCCUUGUACGCGUCACUGCCCGUAGAGGGUGUUGUGGAGUUCGGCUGCAAAGUUGUGGGCUGCAGGGAGCCCGAGGCACUGGUGGAGCCUGAGGGGCAACCACGGGAGCGUCCAGCGGAGCUGUCAGCCGCCACUGCCACUGCCAAUGCUGAUGGCGGCUCACCUUCGUCCAUCGGGAGCUGGUACACGCUGGAGGUGCAGAGAGACGAGUCCGUCGGCAGUGGCCGGGAGGGUCGGCCAGCGGCAUCGGCCGCGGGCGGAGAUGCACAGCGCAGCGGCGGCGGGACGCGUAUCACGCACGCCAGGGCGCGUUUUGUCAUCGCGGCCGACGGCUACUUCAGCCGGAUUCGCAGGACCGUGGUCGGUGCCAACCAAGCCCCAACGUUUCGCGGCUCCGUGCGGUGGCUGGGGAACAUCAGCCAGUCGGAGCUGGACGCCGGGCGUGUGCCGCUGCCAGCCGCCCUGGAGCCCAGUCGCGACCCAGACGCCCUGAUCUGCUUCCACAGCUGGCUGGAUGUCUCCCCCGACCAACCCCUUCGGCAGCCGCCGCUGCGCGGACUGAUCGUUUAUGCCGUACCCGCGAGCCAAACUGCAUGUGAUGGCGUCCAGGGACAAGACGUACAAGAGGGGGCCGAGCCAGGGGUAGGAGGGAACAACGGGGGAGGACCGUACGGCGAGGCCGCGGUGGGUGCCGACAAGGGCGCUGAAGGGGAGAAAGCUGGCCUGGGGGCAAAGAGGGACGAGGUGCGCCUGGUGUGGAGCUUGUACGCGCCCGUUGAGCGUCUGAUCGAGGUGGGGGAGCAGUUCCCUAUGCCGCCGGAGCCGGAGCCGGCACCCGAGCAGGUGCCGCCGCUGCCAGUGACGGCAGCGCCGAUGCCCGAGCUGUCGCCGGCGGGGCGUGCGUCUUCCGUGGUUGAACGGGUGGGGAAGGAGGAGGAGGAGGAGCAGAGUACCGCAGCCAACAGCACGGGUGGCAUAACCGACGGCAGCGUCCAGACGACGAGUUGA